UUAAGCGGUGCUCCACACUUCCUUUUUCUAUUAUAUAUAAACCAUUUGCUGCUACCUCAAUAAUUCUCCUUGACAAUUUCCUGUUUCCCAUCAAUUAGCAGAACCCAAGUCAUAGUUUUCUAGGGUUUCUUUUGCUCAGACAAAGCAACAAUGGCCGGAGACGCACCCAACUGGGAUGGACUGCUCAAAUGGAGUCUUGCCCACUCCGACGGCACUCGCCCUAAUCGAAAUUUGAGCGAUGAGGAUCGAAAAUGGUUUAUGGAAGCUAUGCAAGCUCAGAGUGUUGACGUUGUAAAGAGGAUGAAGGAAAUAACUCUUGUGAUGAAAACUCCUGAGGAGGUUUUGGAAGCUCAGGGAGUUACUGCUGCUGACAUUGAAGAUUUGUUGGAUGAGUUGCAGGAGCAUGUUGAGUCCAUUGACAUGGCCAAUGAUCUUCACUCCAUUGGUGGUUUGGUCCCUCUACUCGAUUAUCUGAAGAACUCCCAUGCUAAUAUUCGAGCCAAGGCUGCAGAAGUUGUGACCACGAUUGUGCAGAACAAUCCCAAGAGCCAACAACUGGUUAUGGAAGCAAAUGGCUUGGAAUAUUUGUAUUCUUUGUUCACAUCCGACCCUGAUGUCACUGUUCGCACCAAAGCUCUUGGUGCAAUAUCCUCUUUAAUUCGGGACAACAAACCUGGUGUCAUUGCAUUUCGUCUAGCAAAUGGUUAUGCAGGCUUGAGAGAUGCUUUAUCUUCUGAAAGCGUGAGAUUUCAGAGGAAAGCUCUGAACUUGAUUUCUUACCUUCUGCGUGAGAAUAGUUCUGAUUGCAACAUAAUAAGUGACCUAGGAUUUCCACGCAUAAUGGUGCACCUUGCCUCCAGCGAAGAUCUAGAAGUGCGAGAAGCUGCACUCCGGGGCCUACUUGAGCUGGCUCGAGAAAAAACUGGUGGUGCCAAGGUGACACUAGCUGAAGAAGAUGAGAAAUUGAAGCAGCUUCUUGAAGACCGAAUUAAAGGUAUCAGUCUGAUGUCUCCUGAAGAUCUUGGAGCAGCUAGAGAGGAGAGGCAGCUGGUAGAUUCCCUAUGGGGUGCCUGCUAUAAGGAGCCAUCUUCUCUUCGUGAGAAGGGGCUUCUUGUGCUUCCUGGGGAAGAUGCACCGCCACCUGAUGUUGCAAGCAAGCAUUUUGAGCCUCCCCUUAGAGCAUUCACUCCAAAUCCUGCUCAUAUAAAACCUGAUACUGAGAAGAAAGAAACUCCUCCACUGCUGCUAGGCGCAGGCCCUCCUCCCGAGGCUAGAGAUGACUCAAAUGGGAGGUUACAGUGAUAUAACCAUGGCUGUUCUUGGUAGCUAGUCAGAAUUUGUUUAUGUAUCAUCCUUUUGGUUGUAAUUUGCUUUGGCCCUUUUCCAUAUAGAUUCUGAAGCUUUAUUCUGCAUCCUUUUUGCGUAGCGGGGUUUUAUUGAAACAAGGCUGAAUUACAAGUGUA